UCGCCGCGCGCUAGUAUCGCGGAGACCGGGCGCGCGCGCACCCGCCGGACGCUCGCGUGUCGCUCAGUGCGCGGCCCAUAUGUGCUGACAGUUGUAUCGCGGUGCCUCGCACAUGUUUAUGUUUUGUUUUGUGAACUGCACCAGAUAAUAGCUAUCAAAGUGUUGGGUGUCAAGCUGGAGAUGAAGACGGAGCACCGCACAUGCUGUGCAUGCGGCGAGCCGAUCGCGGACCGCUACCUGCUGGAGGUGGGCGGCGGCGCGUGGCACACGGGCUGUCUGCGCUGCAGCGUGUGCGCCGUGCAGCUGGACCGCCACCCCUCCUGCUUCCUGCGCGACCGCCAGGUCUACUGCAAGCAGGACUAUGCCAAGAGUUUCGGCGCGAAGUGCUCCAAGUGCUGCCGCGGCAUCUCGUCGUCGGACUGGGUGCGCAAGGCGCGCGAGCAGGUCUACCACCUGGCGUGCUUCGCGUGCGACGCUUGCGGCCGCCAGCUCUCCACCGGCGAGCAGUUCGCGCUGCACGAGGACCGCGUGCUCUGCAAGCCGCACUAUCUAGAAACCCUCGACGGUGGAUCGAUCUCAUCUGAUGAUGGGUGCGACUCAGAAGGUUACCACAAGAGCAAGGCGAAGCGCGUGCGCACCACAUUUACGGAGGAACAGCUGCAAGUGCUCCAGGCGAACUUCCAGUUGGACUCGAACCCCGACGGCCAGGAUCUGGAGCGGAUCGCGCAGGUGACCGGUCUCAGCAAGCGGGUCACGCAGGUCUGGUUCCAGAAUAGCCGCGCCAGGCAGAAGAAGCACCAGCACACCGGCAAGGGGAAACAAAACCAAUUGGUGUCCCGGGACGCGGACCCGGCGGGGUUUGGCCGGCCCAUCAACCUGCACCUCACUUACUCCUUCCAGAACAAACCACCUUUUGUACCGAUAGAUGGAACGUCUUUCACGGAUUCCUCCAUGGAUGAGCUGUCGGAGGACUCUUCGAUCCACUGCAUGCAGAGCGAGGUGUGAGCGCCAUCUAGUGGAGACGCGAAUUUACAAGUGUUUCAUUCUUUGAACAUAUCUCUUAUCGUAACCUUACUCUCUAAAUCGUAAACAUUCUUCCAAAUGUAUUCUAUAUUACCAGUUUCUGCCAUGUAAGCCUCUAAUCGUAAUUGUACCGAGUUGUUUGGCUAGUUCGCCUCGUACUGUUCUGCACAACAACUAUUGUACCUCUAAGCGGUAGUAGGGGUCAGCUUUAGUGGAUCACUCCCUCGGGAACAUUCGUUUUUGUAACAGCGAUUAUGUGGGCAUUAUCUAAGUAAAUUUCAUUACUAUCGUGAUGAACUCAAAGCGCAAAGGCUGCGUUAUAAUCUGAGCUAGUUUUACAUACUUCGUCUUUACUAAUUUGUAUUUGUAACAACGGAUAGCAUGUUAUACCUAAUGUCAGUAACGCACAAACGUAACAAAUCAUCGAUUACUGAGUGAGAAUCUCGAAGCGGUCUUAUCUAAUCUAUUGUAAAAAGUUGUAUUUAUUUAUUUAUUUCUAGUAACUGUGAUACGUUCUCUAUCGAAACUGUUCUCGACUUGUUACAUUUCCUAAUACUGUAAUUUGGAAUAGCGUUAACUUUUUAUGCAAUUUUUAUACAUUUCUAAAAUAUCAUAUUUAAGUGCCAAGACGUACCGUACGUGUAAGAGUUAGGUGAGUAUGCAAGUUGUCAGUAGAUUACGUUAAACUAAUGGCGUGCUUUAUGUAUGGAUGGAUGGCGGCAUCCGUCAGUAACAUAUCAUAUCACGGACGAAGGGGGACGAGGCCGCUCCUGCCGCGGCUGGGUCGUCUGUCGAGGAUACCUAUUAGAUUUCAGUAUUGUAAAUAAAUCAAGUUUAUGUACUUAACUAUUGUAAAUAAGGCGUGGAGACACGAGCAGCUGCCGCGGUGUCGCAGUCCGAUGUUUUCGCCGCCGGGACCGCGCAGCUGACGAGUGCUCCACACAUAUAGGAUAUAUUAAUUUAUGAUGGUAGCUGUUUAAGUGACAAGUAGUGCGUCAUCUCGUCAUUUUAAUGUAAUUAAUUAGUUGCUACAAGUACUAGGUACUUAAGUUUAUUCUGUACAAAUUUUUAAAUAUAUUAUGUUGGUUAAUA